AUGAACUGCACUGGCCAGAUGCUCUACGAACGCUUUCAAAACCUCGACCUCGACAAGGCUGAACUGGAAGUUUUCAAACUUUUUUUUUUUGGAUUCCAUUGGGCCUGGUUCGAAUCGGCGUUGUCUUUUCUAACCAGUAACGGGAAAAAGCUGGUACGAGGAAAGAGAGGAAACAACAUCACAACCUCGUUUGUCGCAUUGAGCCCAUGCAAGCACGCCUAA